UGUUUGGUUCAACUGUCAAAAUUGUAUUCGCCUGCUAGCACAGCGGUAUAAAAUACACUGUGUGUACGAAGUAGUGAAGUUUUGUUGAAACGAUGAAAAUGAUGCAUUGGCAAAAGUGGAAUUUACAUUGAGAAUUUGUAUCAAAAUUGUUUCAUCGAACGUUUCAUUUAUGUUUGUAGAUAGGGAUAGUAAACAUUUUCAAGUGAUUUAGUUGUGGGAAUUUUAUUGUUGUUGCUUUUACGGUGGCAAUGUUAGAAGAAUGGCCGAGACAUCAAAACGAACGACAAACAAUAGUGCAAGCAAAAGCCGAAAAUCCAAAAACGAUAUUAUAAGAUCGACAUUAGGAACAUAUUUAAAGCAGAAAAACUAUUCGAUGAAUGAAAAAUUUCGGAAAUCGGACUUGGCUCUGACACAAACCAUGGAUCAAUACGAUGUUACGAUGAUGAUGGAUGAUGAUGUUGCUAAAGUGAAUUCAAUUUUAUAUUCGAAUGUUUUAAGCCUAAGCAAUAAUCAAUCAACAGUUGAGCUUCAGUUUUCCAAAUUCCAUAAAUUUGUUCAAUCACAAACUGUACCUGCGGUGAAAGCUGAAUUGCAAACAAUAUUAUGGCCGUUAAUGUGUCAUAUUUAUAUAGAAAUGAUAAAAGGAAAAGAAUCACGACCGGCCGCUGAAUUUCUGCGGAAAUAUGCAUAUCUCAUUGGUCCAAUAGAAAGAUCAUGCCCGGUUGUGAACGAAAUGAAUGGCCAAACGCACGGCAAUCAAGCACAAUUCGAACAAAUGCAAACCGAUACACAACGCAAAGAUAUUACUAGUCCACCAUUAACGACACAAAUUAUAUUCGCUAAUGAAGAUACGGCCGAUAUAAUGCGAACAAAAUCAACACCAACAUCGUCGUUAAAUGCCCGAAAAAAUGACAUUGAAUUAAAUUCAAAUGAAAUGAGCGAUUAUUUCAAAGAGCUAGUCAGUUCGUUGUCGCUGUGCCUUCGCAUCGAUGAAAUUAGUUCAAUUGAUAUAACGCGAAAUUUUCGCUCGGCCAAAUAUGAAAUGAUUUUGUCCCUCCAGGCGUUAUAUGCCAUGAAACAUUUUUUAGCAAAAAGUGGCCACGUUAUCAUUUUGCACAUUCUACAAAAUUGGUUUUCACUCGAAAUUCGUGAAUAUCUCAACGAACUGGAACAUGACAGUGAUGAAGAUAUGGAUGAUGUAGAUGAUAUCGAUGGCAAUGAACAGAUAUCAAAUAAUGGUAUUGAAAAUAAUGGAAGUGAUUUACCGGCACAUAGUGAUGAUGGUGAAGAAUUUGAUUUUCGUGACACAAAUUGUCGGCUGAAUAAUUCGCAUAGCGAAAUACGAAAUUUAAUUGCAAAAGUUGAAUCGGAAAUACGAACGGUUAAUGGUAUGAAUAAAUCAAUAUCAAGUAUAGGCAGUGGUGAUACGGGCACCAAAAAUCGUGCCGAUUCAUUUCCAACAUUAUCGUUGGCCGAUUGCCUUCCAACUGUAACGCCCGAUCGCAAAAGCUUUACUGUAGUACAAAAUAAAUAUUUACAAAAUAUUCGAGCGUCGGUGAUUCGUUCGCAUAAGCUUGAGCUACCGAUGCGAGUGUUCAAUGUGCUUAAUGCCGAUCAUCAGCUUAGUUGUUGUGAUGUGGACAAAGAUGAAUGCCAUUUGGUGUGCGGUUUUGAUGAGUCCACCAUUAAAUUAUGGCAAUUGAAUCAAAGUAAAUUGCGCGGCCGUAGACCGUUUAGCCCAUUUUCGAAUCGAUUGUGCGAUUGGUGUUUGGAAAAUUGUGAAACAUCAUCAUCAUCGUCAGAAAUUGACAGCGAUGAUGAUACAUCGAAUGUACAACGAAGAAAACGACAACCAGUUAUGGGAUUGUUUGCACGACAACGAACCAAACAACCAGAUGAGCAUGGAACCGAAGUUACAGGACCAAAACGGAAAAGCAAAAGAGAUCAAAGACAAGAAUUUAUGAAACAACGACACGACGAUAACAUUUUUAUGGAUGGAGGUUGUGUUGCAUUGCGCGGUCAUAAUAAAGGUGUGACGGACAUUUUGUUUUCGAAAUAUAAUCCAUUAAUCUUUAGCGUAUCGAAAGACAAUACGAUGCGAGCGUGGAAAGCGAUAGAUUAUCGCUGUGGCGCUGUGUAUCGUGGUCAUAAUUAUCCAAUUUGGUGUGUAGCUGAAAGUUCAACGGGACUGUAUUUGGCAACAGGUUCACGUGAUUUAACUGCCAGACUAUGGUGUACCGAUAGAGAGCAUCCACUCCAAACAUAUGUUGGACAUACUCAAGACGUAGACGCAAUUGCAUUUCACCCAAAUGGAAAUUAUAUUGCAACCGGUUCGACUGAUUUAACGGUUCGUUUGUGGGAUGUGACGAGUGGAAAACUGUUACGCGUUUUCAUCGAUUGUCAUUUACCAGUACAUUGUGUUAGCUUUAGUCCGGAUGGUCGAUUGUUAGCAGCGGGUGGUGAAGAGUCGAAAAUUCGUAUAUUUGAUUUGGCAGCCGGUUCGCAGCUUAAUGAAUUAAAAGAUCAUUCGGCAGAUGUAAACAAUAUCGUAUGGAAUUCAACCGGUUCAAAAUUAGCAUCGUGCUGUGCGGACGGUUCAGUACGCGUUUAUUCAGUAAACAAAAUUGCACAAAGCGCUUCCAAUUCAAGCUCUCAUACUCCAAUGGCAAGCACAUCAACAUCAUCGUCAUCAAAUAGUAAUAGUAAUAAAUUAUUGAUCUCAAAUGAUACGGGUUGCAAGCGAGCGCUCAAAGUGUUUUUCAAUUUUGACGAUACCAUUUCGUGCAUUGGGAGCUCUUGAAACGCACAAACGUGUACCGUCAACAUCUCGCUCAAGCAUCAAAAUUCGCGCAUUUUUUUCAAACAAAUGAAUCAAUAAAAAUUCAAAUUAGAAAACA